GACAUAGUGGUUGUUGUGGUUUCCUGAAAACCAAAGUGUAUAAGGAGAGACACUCAGUCAGUGUGUCAGUGUGUGUGUUUCACACUGAGGGACUGGUGUGUGUUCAGAAGAAUCAGUAAUGAUGAAGUGCUUAUAUCUUUUGUAUGUCGUGUUUCAUGUCGCUGCAGGCUGUGAUCUCUCUGCUCAAACUAAACAUGUUUACAUUGGACUCCCUGGUGGUUCAGUUCUGUUACUCUGCUCCUGCUCUGACCUGCACACCAAACCUCACACAUUCACCUGGAUGUCCUACAGAACAGAACGUCUGACUGACGUGUUAAAUGAUGAACACUACCGUGGCAGACUUCAGCUGUUUAAUAACACUUCUCCUGGUAAUCUGUCUCUGCUCAUAUCUGACCUGAGAGAAGAGGAUGGAACAGACUACAGGUGCAUCACUGAGAAGAAUUACACAGACAUGAGUAUUCUUGGUGAAGGCUGUGAUCUCUCUGGUGAUAAACAUCAGGUAGUUAUCAAUGGACACCCUGGUGGUUCAGUUCUGUUACCCUGCUCCUGCUCUGACCUGCACACCAAUCCUCAGAUAUUCACCUGGACGACUAAAAGAACAGGACACUGGACUGACGUGUUAUAUGAUGAGCUCUAUCGUGACAGAUCUCAGCUGUUUAAUCACAUUUCUCCUGGUAAUCUGUCUCUGCUCAUAUCUGACCUGAGAGAAGAGGAUCAGAGAGUCUACAGGUGCAGCACUGGAUUAGAGGAAUACAGAGACAUCAGGAUUAAUGUUAAAGGAGGAAGAAGAGAAACUUCAACACGCUCAGGGAAAACAGACAGAAGACCUCCAUCAGAACAGCCUCCAAGUAAAACAACAAACUCUCCACCUGCAUCAUCCUCAACAACACUGGAAAAAGCUAAACAGCAACCACACAGCAGCCUCCCUCUGGUUCUCAGCAUUGUGGCUGCUUUGCUGUUGGUGAUAGUUGGUGUAAUGGCAUUUAUUUGUUGGAGACGCAAAGGACGAAGAUGUGGAAACAACGUGAUAACUGAAGGACGUCGAAAGCAGAAUUAUCAGACUGUCCCUGAUGUUACUUACUCUACUGUAAGCCACAUUCACACAGCCAGAGAAGCUCGGGUCCAGAUCAAUGUGGGAGAGCAUGAAUACGCCAGCAUUGUGACAAUUUAAUCUGUAGUAAAUAUA